AUGGAGGGAUAUGUACGAAUUCUAGCAGCUUCUCUGAUAUUCGCUCCAGUGAUUAUUUUGGGUCUAAGAAGUGUGCAAGGCCUGUUGUAUAAUAAUCGGUAUGAUGGCGAUCAAGUAAUUCGAUUACUUCCAAAAACCGAACAACAAGUUGACGCAUUAAAGAGUUUCCAUGAACUGGUCAAGGUGGAUUUCUGGCAGCCCAGCAGUAUUCUUUCUGUUAAACCUGGUGUUCUAGUAGAUAUACAUGUGCCCAGAAAUUGGUCUGAAAAAAUCUUUCAGUCACUUCUACAGGCUGGAAUUGAUUUUAAGAUCCUUGUUCCUGAUCUACAGGGAUUAAUAGAAAUGCAAAGUGGCUCCAGAGCUCGCAUACGACGCUCAACCCAUCUCUACAGCUACGAAGUCUAUCAUUCUUUAGAAGAGAUUCAAAGUUGGAUGCAUCACAUGAAUCGAUCACAUUCUCAGCUCCUAUAUCUUUUCUCCAUUGGAAAAUCCUUUGAAGAACGACCUCUUUUUGUUCUUCAGCUUGGCAAGAGAUCAAAACAUUUAAAGAAAGCCGUGUGGAUAGAUUGUGGCAUUCACGCUAGAGAAUGGAUUGGUCCAGCGUUUUGUCAAUGGUUCGUUAAGGAAGCUUUGCAAACAUACCAUAGUGAUCCUUCAAUGCGACGGCUUCUGAAACAACUGUACUUCUACAUCAUGCCAGUGUUUAAUGUAGAUGGAUACCACUAUAGCUGGACCACUGAUCGUUUCUGGAGAAAGACACGUUCUAACAGUACCAAUUUCAAUUGCCAUGGAGUUGAUGCCAACCGUAACUGGAAGGUCAAAUGGUCUGGUGAAGGAGCUUCCUUACAUCCUUGUGCCGAUACAUACUGUGGACCUGUUCCAGAGUCUGAGCCAGAAGUAAAGGCUGUUGCAAGAUUCCUGCAUAAACACAAGAAACAAAUUAAAGCAUACAUUUCAUUCCAUGCAUAUUCACAAAUGUUACUAUAUCCAUAUUCCUAUAAGGAUGCAAUCAUUCCCAAUUUCAAGUGUGUGGAAUCUGCAGCAUUUAAGGCAGUCAAUGCGCUUUACUCAGUGUAUGGUAUCAAAUACAAACAUGGGCCAGCUUCAAGCAUUUUGUAUGUCACUUCUGGUAGCUCUAUGGACUGGGCCUAUAAACAUGGCAUCCCAUAUGCAUUUGCAUUUGAAUUGCGAGACACUGGAUAUUAUGGAUUUCUGUUACCAGAAUCACUCAUAAAACCCACGUGUACAGAAACAACAUUAGCUGUAAAAAAUAUUACAAACCAUAUUCUUAAGAAAUGCCCAUUGAGAUAAGCUAUUCAUCAUCACCCUAUUAGUGCUUUUCAAAUUAAUACAAAUCAUUUUGCGGUGUUUUUCUUUCUUAAGUUAAAUUGGCCAUAUGUUUACAUCCCUUCCUAUAUUCUAGCUUCAUGAGAAUUAUGGGAUGGAUAAUAAACUAUGAUCUUCCCAGUGAUAAUGAAUGAAUUUAAAAAUAAAUGUAAGUAUCUUGGCAACCACAAAUGACAGGCGUUUAUUGCCAUAACAUUUGUAUGGUUGCACUAUAACAUAAGAAUGGAGAGUUUCACCUGGAUUUUUGUAUCACGAAAAAAAUUAUAUAGUUGUGUCCCAAAUUUUGCAGGUUGGUAUGGUUGGAAGAUGAGGACCAGGGGUGUUCUGUCUUUGUUACGGUUGGA